CGGUCAGGAAACAGAACCUGCAAAGGUGAUGGUGUCAGUGGGAACAGUGAACCGAGAGGCACCGUGGGUCGUGUAAAACAGUUAAACGCUCUGAGGAACUGGGAAAUUAAAUAACCAGGAACAGACAGAAAGGAGGAAUAAACACUCCAUGUAAUUUAAAAAUCUUGUUUCUCUUCUUCCCAGAGGGAGCAGUUCUCAGAGUUUCCAGUUUUUGUUUUACACAUCGUCCCAGCUGAGGCCCAUAAUCUCGAAACCUGUUGCCCCUGCACCAGAUCUCAGCUUCCUCAGCAACAACACGGGCACACUGAAAGGAUGCAGUUUGGUACGGCCCUUCUUCAAACUUAAUUACAGAGAGAGAUGUCUGCCUUACCAGCAGAAGGAGAAUGGAAAACAAUCAGAAAGAAAAAAGGAGUAAAGAAACGGAGAGAAAAUGCCAGAGAGGUUCCCCACGCGGUGGAAUAUCCGAGUGUGGCUGAAGGGGAGAGAAUGCAACAGAAAAUAAAGGAAGCAGUAAAGGAACUGCAAAGUUCAGAAUUCUGGAUUGAUUGCCUCGAAACCUUUCAAAGAGUUGUGAAUAUGCAUCAUACAGAUCAACUUGUAUCUCCAUCAAGUCCCUUCCCUACUGGGGAACCUCCAGAUUACCUUGGACACAAAAAGAAAAAUACAGAUCAUUAUCGAUAUAUGCUUAACUCGGUAUGUUAUGGAAUCGGAAAUUUUUCUACUUCCAUGUCAUCUCGUUAUCAGCUGGCCCUGCUGUUCCUACUGCUAGAGACACUACAGAUCCCUCGAGAUGGCUGCCUUUUCUUUGAUCCACUAUUUACAGAAUGGGAGAAGAAAUUCUUGAAGGACAGUGGGAUGGUGGUGCUUGAGGAAAAUGAGGAAGGGAAGCGGUCCAUCGACAGGCCAACGCUGUUCUACAUGAUUCACUGUGGCAAAGCUCUCUACAAUAACCUUUUGUGGAGGAAUUGGUCACCACAAAAACUCGCACAAACUAUUCUCAUUGGAAACAGUUUCAAAGGGAUAGAGGAGAGAAUACCAGCCCGAGUGCUGAAGAGGGACUACACAUACAUUAAUCAUGUAUUGGCAGUAACUGAAGAAGUCACAUUCCCCUCCAGCAGUAGAUACAUGGAUGUAUUUAAUGAUACCUCCAUUCAUCAGUUUCCUAGAAAAAAACUCGAUUCACAGCCUAUGGAGUUUUGGGAACGUCCUACUGAACCCACAUAUCAGGAAUGUGAGGACUUGGAAAUUAUUCAAAAGGGCAUGGAAUGUUUUUUAGUUUCAUAGCUGGGAAAGUAAUUGGAGUGAACCAAGUUUCAAAGCCAACUGAGGUAAAAGCUUCUGGGCAAAGAUUACCUAUGGAACCAUCAAUUUCACUCUUUCAGGGUCUUAAUGAUCCGAAAUCCAAGUUUAGUUACCUUGGUAAAGAAUACUUCCAAGUGGAAAUGUUUAAUUCCCUCCACCUCUCACAAACCUGGAAUUAAAAUUGUGCAUAGAUAACAAAGUGUGAAGCUGGAUGAACACAGCAGGCCAAGCAGCAUCUCAGGAGCACAAAAGCUGACGUUUUGGGCCUCAACCCUUCAUCAGAGAAAUUGUGCAACUCUGUUUGGUCAUAGCUGGAUUAAUUCUGUUGUUUUUCCCCUGUAACUCAAGCAAGAUGCUUCAUUUAUUUGCUAACCAGUGGGUCACAAGCCCUAAUAGCAUUUUAAUAGCAUUCUGAAUUUGCACCACCAGCAAGCCAUUGAAAGAAUUCACCCAGUCUUCUGUGACAACCAGAAUGUUUCUCCAGACUUGACAGAUAAACUCUAUUACCCAAACCCUCUUUCUGAUUUCAUGCAUGAGAUCCAUCCAAACAUCUAGCCAAUUUACCUGUUUGCCAGUACACAACAUCCAGGCUGCCCAAUACUCAGCUGCCAGCCAGCCAAUGGGAUACAAAUUAAAGACAAAGGCGAAUAGUAAAUUAUGUCCACGUUUUAUUACUGAAGGACCUGAUCAUAGUAUAGAAUAUUCAUUAAAACUUAAUCAUCCUACAGUGAAAGACCAUUUAAAUGAUGGUCUAAUAAGCAUUCACCUGAUUCAUGAAUUACAGUCCAACAAUUAAAGCAAAAAUAAAACCUGUUAACCCAUAACCCUCAAACAAUAAUUUUAUGAUUUCUAAUUUGAAUCCAAGCAUAGUACAGAACAAGGCCAUUCAAAUAGAAAUAAUUUUAUUUCAGAAAAUGUAGCUUUGGGUUCGUAAACAUCUUGAGCUUAUAAGAACUAAAAAUGCAGCUAGAACAGAGUACCUAGAUAGUUGAUGAAAGUUCUGAACUUAUGUUCAGAUGCAAGCAGUUGACGGCUGAACUUGAAUUUAAAGAAGGAAGACUUGGAUUUGUCAAUCUGCCACAGUUCAUUAUGAUGCUGAUCAACUCUGCACUUAAUUCAAGGUGGACAGCAAAUCUGACCCGUAAGAACUAGUCUGUCACACUCACCAGGAAUGUACCAAAAUCAUUAGUGUUGAAGUGUGUGACCUUGGAAAGCUUUCAGAGCCUUGAUAAUAAAAUAAAACAUUUGAGUCUAAAGAGAAAAACAAAUCAACUAGUUUACCCUGUCACAUGGGGGGUUAGGCAUUGAAUUUGACCUUUUUCUAGAAAUACAAGCUGCUCACAACUGGUAAUUUUGGCAAGAAUCAGAUAAUAUCCUCUCACCCCCAACACACACCAUGAUGUUGCUACUAGCUUAUCAUGCAAUGGUAGUAUGAUACAAAUAGAAAGCAUAUAACUGGAAGCAAUACAACUAUAGGAUUUGGCCACAAAGUGUGACAGUGAGAGACAACAGCUAUAUUAAAAUCAUAGAUUGGGGUACAUGAAGGAGAGAGUACCCAAAACAUCGUUUUUCAGUGUUUCACAGCUGUGCAACCAAUGAAUAUAUUGACCAGUGGGUGGAUAAGGACUUGUCACCUAUAUGAUUGCAUAAAACCACAUCCAAUACAAAUCAGCAGAGUACAAUCCUAGUUCAAUGUGGUAAUUAUUCAGUAGGUUUUAACUUCCAGUAAUUGAGAAAAAAUGUAAUUCGACAAUUACAGAAUCUAAUCCCAGACAUAAACCUUAGAUGCAUCUGCUGAUUUGGAUGUUACACUUGCAGAAUGAAGGACGCCCCCAACCCCAACAUCUGGGAUAUGGAAAUCUUUGUUUGCUGAGAAGUGGGCAUCAGUGUCAGUUUCAUGUAAUUAGAAAGGAGUUAAAUCCAUCUCCUUGUCAAGUGCUGGCAAACACAGUUAUGCAGAAUUCCCUGAUGGAAUACAAUCAGGCUCUGUUUUUCUAUUGAUCAAUUUUUCUUCAGCAAGAUUCUCUGCACCAUUUGUGAUUUCACCUGGGGUUGUAGUUCCAUUGACUGAUAUCAGAUCCUCUAUCCCAAUGUUAGUGAGAGCCUUGGUCAGUCUCUGAGAAGCCUGGAUUUCUGCCUGGAGUAGUUUACGCAUUCGAUUUGUUGCGCUUUCUAUGGCAGACUUCCUGCAAAGAAUAACAAAAGCAGCUAGUGAGUACAGGUGGCAAAAGGCACAGCAAGUCAUUGCUUGUGAAGUGUGUUGCAAGUAAUGGAAGGAGCAUCAGAUCACCAUCAUCGAGAAUUGGGGAAUUACAGCAAGUGGGAAUUGAAGUAAACCAACUUUGAUUAUACUACACAAUUCUAUAGUAGAAUCAGAACAAGCCACAGGCAUGGCAUCAAGUUGCACAGACAAUUCGCAGUCUGCAAUCUCUUCCUGGUAUUAGAAAGAUAUUCAAGAUUUAAGUACCUUUGGAACCUUGGUGUGUGGGGGUGAGUGGGAGGGGGAGGUGGUUGUGCUUACCGGAUGUAGAAUGGUUCUGGACUUUGGUUAGUCACAGGGUUCAGUAUGCAGAUUCCAUUAAGCCCAUUUACCCUCAUCUCAACUUGUUCCAAUUGCUGUACACAGAAGCUAGCAAGUAAUUAAUGUCACAAAUUGAAAUAAAUUGUAUCAUAUAAUUAUCAAUUAUUCACACAUCUUCCAUCAUUGAUAAUUAAAGGACAAGCUUGCACUUUAUUUGGACCUUUUACAUCCUCAAGAUGUCCCAAAGAUUCAUGACCAGUGAAUUAAUUUUUCAGUUAGUCUUAUUGUUCUGCAUGAAAUCUUGACAGUAAUUUGCCUACAAUAAUUUCCAACAGAGGGAAAAGAACUGUAUAAAAGAUAUGGAUUUCAUGACAUAAAUACACUGCUCAUUUAUUUUGUAGCUUUAGCUCCUCUGCUGCAGAAGCAGAUUACUCACUGAACUAUAGUUCUACAAUCAUUGACUGCCCCUCUAGUAUCUGGCCUAAGUUGCUUCUUCACAUGUCAGCAUAUAAUGGUGUAGUGGUGAAAAGUUAUUUCAUGGUGAGAACACCACAGCCAAGAUUCCUUUCAAUUGUAACACUGGCAUCAAGAAUCUCAGACUGAGCACAAGGACAACAUGACUUACACAGGGAUGCCCAGGUCAACAAGACAACACCCACCACUGUACAGACGUCAAUUCUGGCACUUUUUUUAGCACUUUUCAAAUUCAGCACAGGCUUGGGAACUAAUGUUUUAUAAUUCUUAGUGCCAGCCAUGGCAACAAACACAAAUUACGCCAUCAGGGAGCAAUGUAGCAAUUUUUACUUCGUUAAAUCUCCCACUGCUGUGACAUUAAGAAGUCUUGCUCUAAUUUUCCAUAACAAUUUCUCCGUCUGAAUUUACAGAUUGAUAGGUGAAUAUUCUUAUGAGUAACACAGUUCCCAGCAAUCUCCUGGGGAAAGCAGGAAGGAAAAUGUUACCUGGUGUCAGUGAGCACAAUCCCAUUGAUCAUGUUGAGCUGUUGCAGUCUCAUCUUGUUACUUAAGGGUGUGGUCUGAAAAGAAGAAAUGGGUGAACUGUCAAAUAUUGUCUGUCCCUGCAAAGGACUAUUAGCUUAAACGGUUCUGUUCUUGUCUAUCUAAUUUGAGCAAUCAUUUUUCUUUCCAUUUUUCCAAAUAAUCUAUCCUUGAUUCCUAUUAUUUCAUAUCUACAGACCCCAAUGUCAUCUUUAAAAACAGUUAUCAGUUUCCAUUUCGAGAUAACACCCAGCUCAGCUACACCACAAUGUUUUCUCUAUACUAUCACAAAGACAAACUAUUCCUACUCCCAUAGUAUUGACCAAAUACACUCCUAAUUAAGCUUGACUGUUGCUAAAACUGUUGUUCAUGCUUUUGUUACCUCUAGGCUUUACUAUUCCAAUGUACUGUUGGAUGGCCACUUAUUUUCAAUCCUUUGUAAACUUGUGGUUGCUUCAAAACUCAGCUGCCUGUGUUCUUACUCAUUAUUGCUUUGCUUGCUAAUCGAAGUGGUCCUUAGUUAAAUAAUAUCUCAAUUUUAAAAUUCACAUCAUCUCCAACCACCCAUGGCCUCAACCCUUUCUCAUCUCUGAAACCUUCAAACCUCAUAUCUGCAUUCCUCCACUGCAAGCUUCUUGAGUAUCCCCAACUGUAAUAUGUUCAGUAUUAGCACCUGUGCUUUCAAAUGCUCUGGAAUUCUCAGCCGUACCUUUUCUCCACUUCUUCCUUGUUUAUCAUUUCCCUGAAAACCUACAUCUUGGACUAAGCUUUUGCUGUAACCUGCCUCAAUACCUCCUUAUGUGACUCGGUGCAAGAUUUUGUUUGAUUAAAUAGGACUCCUGUGAAGUGCCUUUGGACAUUUCAUUAUGUUAAAGACAACAUAUUAACUUGUUGUAAAGCUGGUAUCAAAUCCCACACGACUUAUUAUUCAGAAUCAAACAGCACCAUCCACCCACACCCCACCCCCUCAAUUCAAUGCAUUUUGGUUUUCUGAAAGGGGCACAUAAUACAUCUCCUGGCAAAGAUCUUAUUGACAAGACAUGACAUGCCAAUCUGGGAGCAGGUUCUUUUCAUACCUGACAAGAUCCAUUAGAAAAGACACUGUGAGGGAGGAGAGGUAAACUAAAUAAGGUACACAGACCUGUACUGGAGGAAGACUGGCACUUGAUCCAUUUUUGUAGAUCUCAUUCAUGGUUCUUUGCAGAUUCACUGCCUGCUGUGUAACAUGUUUCAGGAAUUCAGAGCUCCCUUUUGUCUUCUGAUGAGUUUCUCCAAGCUGAGGUAGGAACAAAGUGUCAGAAAAAUACAGGUUCAAUACUGCCAUAUUUCCAUACAGUUGUUUUGUCAGUAGUUAAUAUCCUGGAAUUUUGCUCAAAGCAGUAAUAUUUAUCCAGUUCUUCCUCUCAGGAGUGUAAAUGAUGGAGGAGAAUACUUGUGGUCAGUGGAAGGAGCAUUCUGACAGGUGAAUCAUUAUUUAAUACUGGGAACAAAGCUUUUAAAACAACAGGCUACUAAUAGUUGGCCUUUAACUUAAAGAGAUGCCCAUUGUUCCAAUAUCAUAAAAAUUUCAUUUGGUCUUUGCACCGACAACAGUACAAUAUGGAAUCUUAAUCCACUUACCCCACAUCAAAAUCUAACAUUGUCCACUCUGCUCAACGCCAAUAUUUAUGCUGUACAGGAGUCUUCUUCCAUUCCUCUGCAUCUAACCCUAUCAGCAAACCCUUUUGGUAUGCUCUUUGGUGAGAGAAGCAAUUGUCACAGUAGCGACUUACCUUGCUGUACCAUUGCAUGAAAUACCCCAUUAUGCUAACAAUAAAAAUGGUUGGACGGGUAAUCGCUAAUGUGGACCAGGAAUUAACUAUUUUAUAAGUAUAACCUUUUCCUGACUGUAUUGCAUAUUGUCACAUAAACCACUGGGGUAAGAAAAUGCACAGCACCUUUCUCUGCCAAAGGUGAAGUUGAGGGAGGGGAAAAUUAUUCACGUAACCUUGUACACAGGUACAAGAAACAGAAUAGCCGGAUCAACUGGUUUCUUUGUUACAGAGAUAAGAAUUGCUCUAGAUUGAAUCAGUACAGAUCUUUAUUCACCAGGGAAAGCACUGUUUGAUGUGGAACUACAUGGACUUGCUACAUACUCAGCACAUUUCACAUAGACUUUAAUAGAGCCUAAUUUCUAUCACAGUAGUAGACAGCAGAUUUAGAAUAACUACCUGAGUCCUGUAGAUGUUGUAGGCUUCCUUCUCAUGUUGCACAGCACUUCGGAACUCUGCCUUGCUAGCAUAAACUUGUGCCACAAGAUGAUAGCUGGAUAGUUAAAACAAAAGUUGUUGAGCUCAUGAUGUCCUUCAUAUGGGUCCUUAUAUCUAGAUCUGUUUUUCAUAUGAGACAUUAGUGACUUUCUGCAAUGUGGAAUUCUCCUGUAACAUACAUUUUAGUGGCUCCUACAAACCAUUCUGGAUUGACGUGGAAAGAGUUAGUUGUGAUUAAUUCAUAAAAGGCCAUGUAUUGUACUGAAAUAUAUCUUUCAAUGCCAAAUAAGGCAUUUUUUUUUGCUAUGACUCAACUUCAAACAUGAUCAGAAAUAUUGCCAAGUAACAGACUAAUGCACUAGCCAGGCAAAAAAUAAUAAUAUAACUACAUUUUUAAGCAAGGUUCAUAAAACUUAUACUUCAAGCAGAGAGACGUUAAUGGAACAAUGUCAUUUAGGAAACUUUGUGUCAGUUCACAAGCUCUGGUGAUUAAAUCUUAAGGCCAAGUUUGACUUGUUUGAAUUGUGUGUGCUUGGACAUAUGCAAAGCAUUGUUCUGAAUACUACUUCUCAUGAUUGGUAAGUCCUAGGAGUGAUCCCUGUUGGAAUUUCAACUUUAUUUAUAGCCUGUGAGCUCCCUGGUAUGCACUAAAGUUGCGUACAAUUACAUAAAUCAUGUACGUGGAUGCUUUAGGGUGUCAGCAACAAGCACUUACAGGCUAGGAGUAAUUUAGAUGGAGGUUUUUGGUUCCUGUUGACCUUUCACACAAAUAUACAUACAUUCAAUUUAAAACCUGAAGCCAUUCAACUCCCUGAGCCCACUGUGCCAAUUAAUAAGAUCAUGGCUAAUCAGAUUAUUACCUAAAUUUUACUUUCUUGUGUACUGUCUGUUAAUAUUUUUCUAAGUUGCAAUUACGGCAGUGACUAUGAUUCAAACACUGCCUUAUCAUCAGCAAAACUUUUGUGGGGUGGGGUCAGGAUCAUGAAAGGUGCCAUAUAAAUGUAAGUCAUCUACAAAGUUUAUGUUUUCAAUAUUUAUGCCAAACUUCAAAUAACAUGGUAUUGUAGCAGUAUGACAAUUUUAGAAUGAUCUUUUAACUGUGAGGGACAUUGACAAUUAGGGGUUUUGCUCUGCAACCCGAUGCCAACUGGGUUGAAUAGUCAAAUGAACUCAUUCAGGGGCCUUGCAGCUAGUAGACAAGAAACUCUUGCCCCCAUCAGUCUAGCCAGGACUUGAACUCAAAUCCUCAAGAUACAAAGCUUCAUGUGAAACAUUUAGUUUCCAAUAGAAACUACCAGCUUGGAAAUGAAUGAAAAGAAAGUUCUGAGCUGGCAUGAGAUCUGCAAGAUUAUUACAUAAUAUGUAUCCUGUUAAGUUUUAAAUUAAUUCUGAGCUAAGUUUAUCAGACACAGGAGGAAUCCUGUGCUGUACCUUAAAGCAGUCUCCAAAGACUUGGCCCCGUAAUACUUGAGCUUUAAUUCCAGAGCUUUCUGCAAAAAUCGUAUUGCAAGGUCACAAUCCAGUGCAGCAUGGAGCAUGAGGCCGAUGUUGCUCUGUCAGAGGUUGUUGGGUCACAAUGGAGGGAAGAAAAUAAAAUUAAUUUCACAGUGAGAGUCACUUCAAGUCCUGAACACCACACAUUGCUGUUUCAGGGAGUGAAGCAUUGACAGACUGGACCCCACUAAAUCCUCAACCCUCCCCAUCAGACACCAAAAUGAUGACUCUGUUACACUUCACUGAAGCAUCAGUGUACAAAUUUGUCUACAGUAAAGGUGAUAUUUAAAUGCAAGUCUCAAUGAUUUCCAGUUUGAUAAAAUAAUCCAUUCAAGUGACUACCAUCUUUGAUGAUUUUUAACUUGGACUCACCCAUAACCCCACACAAAAACACCCCAAGAACAACUGUUUUUUCAAUUCAUUCCACUCUAAGCCAUCAUAUACACACUUACAUCAAGAACAGCUAUUUCUGGGUGAUCUUCACCAGUGACAGUGAGCAUCAAGUAGCGAGCGCGAUACAGCAGUCUCAGGGCUAUUGAAACCUGGUUGUUUGCAAAGCAGUAGAGACCUAGGCGGGCCUGUGAAUUAAAAACAAAAGACAACAAUAAUCUACCUAGAAUACACCUCCUCCCACCCACCCUCCUGCAAAAAUUCCAUCCCCUAUUCCCAAUUCCUCCGCCUCCGCCGCAUCUGCUCCCACGAUAAGACAUUCCACUCCCGCACAUCCCAGAUGUCCAAGUUCUUUAAGGACCGCAACUUUCCCCCCACAGUGAUCGAGAACGCCCUUGACCGCGUCUCCCGCAUUUCCUGCAACACAUCCCUCACAACCACCCUAAGAGGAUCCCCCUCGUUCUCACACACCACCCUACCAACCUCCGGAUACAACGCAUCAUCCUCCGACACUUCCGCCAUUUACAAUCCAACCCCACCACCCAAGACAUUUUUCCAUCCCCUCCCCUGUCUGCUUUCCGGAGAGACCACUCUCUCCGUGACUCCCUUGUUCGCUCCACACUGCCCUCCAACCCCACCACACCCGGCACCUUCCCCUGCAACUGCAGGAAAUGCUACACUUGUCCCCACACCCCCUCCCUCACCCCCAUCCCAGGCCCCAAGAUGACAUUCCACAUUAAGCAGAGGUUCACCUGCACAUCUGCCAAUGUGGUAUACUGCAUCCACUGUACCCAGUGCGGCAUCCUCUACAUUGGGGAAACCAAGCGGAGGCUUGGGGGACCGCUUUGCAGAACACCUCCGCUCAGUUCGCAACAAACAACUGCACCUCCCAGUCGCAAACCAUUUCCACUCCCCCUCCCAUUCUCUAGAUGACAUGUCCAUCAUGGGCCUCCUGCACUGCCACAAUGAUGCCACCCGAAGGUUGCAGGAACAGCAACUCAUAUUCCGCCUGGGAACCCUGCAGCCAUAUGGUAUCAAUGUGGACUUCACCAGUUUCAAAAUCUCCCCUUCCCCUACUGCAUCCCUAAACCAGCCCAGUUGUCCCCUCCCCCCACUGCACCACACAACCAGCCCAGCUCUUCCCCCCCACCCACUGCAUCCCAAAACCAGUCCAACCUGUCUCUGCCUCCCUAACCGGUUCUUCCUCUCACCCAUCCCUUCCUCCCACCCCAAGCCGCACCCCCAGCUACCUACUAACCUCAUCCCACCUCCUUGACCUGUCCGUCUUCCCUGGACUGACCUAUCCCCUCCCUACCUCCCCACCUACACUCUCUCCACCUAUCUUCUUUACCGUCCAUCUUCGGUCCGCCUCCCCCUCUCUCCCUAUUUAUUCCAGUUCCCUCUCCCCAUCCCCCUCUCUGAUGAAGGGUCUAGGCCCGAAACGUCAGCUUUUGUGCUCUUGAGAUGCUGCUUGGCCUGCUGUGUUCAUCCAGCCUCACAUUUUAUUAUCUUGGAAUUCUCCAGCAUCUGCAGUUCCCAUUAUCUCUCACAACAAUAAUGAGCAUUAUUUUACAGUUUCAUCUUAAUUAACAUCUGAAGCUACACUGGAGGUGUAGCAAUGCACUGGUUGGAGUGAGGAUAUUCCUCAAGUCUUAAUGAUAAAGCGUAUAAUAAUAAACUUUGGCAGCAUGCAAAAUAAUGGAAUUACUGAAGCCAAAAAUAUUAAUUUCUCUACAGUAAUUUGCAUUGUAAUCACUUUUUGACCUACUGACAAUUCUUGCCUCUAAGUAAGAGUUCCUACAUUGGCUGAACUCACAAACAACAUCGUACGUCUAGAUACUGAUAUUGUCAACAGGAUGUUAGUGUUCGAAUGAAUAUCUUAUCUGCAGGUUCCUAGGGCAUUUUCGAACAAGAUCACAUGAACACAUCCCUGAGAAAAUUGACAAUAACAUAUGGACUCAUCACUGGUGAAUUUGCUGGUAAUCUAGACAUAUAAAUCUAUCUUUUGCAGAAGGUAAUGGAACCAUAAAACAUUCCCAUUCCCAGCCAUUUUACCAGAGGAAGAUGAUUAUAAAUAGCCAUUAACUUUUUACCUUCCCCGCAAUAAAUGAUUUUCUAACUGCUGGUUGUUAUUCUACUCUAAAUGGGAGUUUCACCCCAUCGAAUCCCCACCUUAGCGAAGGGAUGCCCUAUAAUCUGAUCAAUUGAGGCAGAGAAAUAAUUACAAAAAAUUAAAAUGAGCUGGUGCUGAAGACAAAUCAAAUGGCUGGAAAACAUGAUAGGUGUAAGAGUCGCAUGCCGAUUGUUUAACCAACGUAAUAAGUAAUCCAAAACUGUGCAAACUAAUUAAAGUAGACAGAUCAUAAAUUAUCAAAGUGAUGAUGUCAAAAGUAAUUAAGAUUUUCAAAUACGGAACAGUAUGGUGGGGUUAACCAAGAUCACAACUGAAACCAUUUUUAUGGGUAUAGACACUUUACUCACACUGUCAGAUACUUUCGAUCACCUGCAGACUUAUUAUUCAGCCAGUUGACACUCCACUCAUACAAUCUGUACGAUCUUUUGAUCUCUCUGCCUAUAAAUUCUGUGCCUAUGUGUAUCUCUUCACUUCACCUGACAAAGGAACAGUGCUAAGAAAGCUUGUGAUUUCAAAUAAAUCUAUUGGACUAUAACCUGAUGUUGUGUGACUUUUGACCUUGUCCACCCCAGACCAAUCUUCACAACUGUCAAAGUUAACACAAGGAAUAGCAGUUUAUCAAGGGCACCUGAAUAUAUAAGCAUUCUACAGCACUAGUUGAAAAAGAGAGAGAAAAUUGAUGGAAAAAAUGGGGGAGGGAAACACAAGUUACUCACAUAUUCAUGGAUGGUAUUGGGAUGAUCAAAGCCAAGAAUCCGCUCACUGACUAUUACAGCUUUCUGCUGGUUGCUUAUAGCCUGUGUAGAAAGAGAUUUUAAAAAAACCAUCAGCACUGACAAUGUACAGCAUUUGGGGAAAAUCAUCAGAACAUACUGG